AUGGCGGCGGUCAGCAUGGAUAUUUCUUACUUAAAAAUAUUUUCAACAUUGUCAUAUGAAGAAACAAGAACUGUGGUCGCUAAUGGGAAACCAACACCUGACCUACAGAAUCUUACCGAGCGGAAGAGUCCUCCACAUCUGUUUGACUAUAAAGAGGAGGUUCCCUCUGAGCAGCAGGAGUGGACAGCCAAUCUGGGCCAAGAGGAGCUAGAACCCCCACACAUUAAAGAGGAACCAGAGGAGCUCUGGACCAGUCAGGAGGAAGAGCAGCUUCAAAGAAUACAGGAGGCUGAUAACACUGUGUUACCAUUCCCUCCUGUCCCUGUGAAGAGGGAAAACGAUGAAGGGAUACCUCACUAUGCACUGUCUCAUCAAAGCCAAACUGAGGAGAACAAACAGGCAGUGCCUUCAGCCACCACUUCAACUGAACAGAUGAAAACAGAACCUGAUGAAGAGGACUUCAAACAGUCAGAACCGGCCAGUAACCUAGAUCAGGAAGGCGAUUUAGAACCAACUAAUGAUCCUCCACAUCUUGACUAUAAAGAGGAGGUUCCCUCUGAGCAGAAGGAGUGGACAGCCAGUCUCUGCCAAGAGGACCUAGAACCCCCACACAUUAAAGAGGAACAGGAGGAACUCUGGACCAGUCGAGAAAAAGAGCAGCUUCAAAGAAUAGAGGAGGCUGAUAGCACCAUGUUACCAUUCCCUCCUGUCCCUGUGAAGAGGGAAAACGAUGAAGGGAAACCUCACUCCUCACUGCUUCAUCAAAGCCAAACUGAGAACAAACAAGCAGAACCUUCAGCUAGCACUUCAAUUGAACAGAUGAAAACAGAACCUGAUGGAGAGGACUUUGGACUGUCAGAACCGGCCAGUAACCUAGAUCAGGAUGGGGAUUUAGAACCAACUAGUGGUGGUGAGCCCCUCACUUCAGACUAUUGUGAAAGUGAGACUGAAGACAGUGAUGUCGACUGGAAAAAAACUAGACAACCUCGGUCCGGUUUGGAUGCAAAAGAUAAUGAAAUAAGACAUCGGAGAUCUAUUAAGAAAAAAACUUUAAUUUGCUCAGUCUGUGGUAAACGGUUAAGUCAAAAGGAGAUAUGCUGA